AGAGCACACGCCCACACCCACAACGCAGCAUCUCUUCCAACCACACACUGUCUGUGUCCUUGUUCCAACUACUGCCAUUCGUCGAUCCUGCGCACGUUUCCUUUCUUCCCUUUCCUUUCUCACCAUCUCCAAAUCGCUCCUUUGCCAUUCGUCCAUUCCGAUUUUCCAUCUUCAACCUUUUACUUCGAACUUACCGCGACCGACCGACUCGACUCGACUCCAACUGGCUUUCUUCAACGCGGACGAGUCAGCAAACAUCACGCCACAUCCCCUCCCCCUUCCUCCAACUUUUCUCGACGGCGUCUCACGUACGCACACGAAUUACCAGUACUCUCUUUCUCUCUCUCUGUCAUAAUAUCCUCGAAUAUCUGGUUCCUCAUGGCGACAACGACUCCUUGAAUUGCGCCGCGCUUCCUCUCCGUCCUCUCGCCCGCCUACGCCCCUUUGCCCAGGACGCACGCAUACGCGACGACCAACGCCAUCUCCCGCACCAGCCAUGGUGCCGCCGCCCGACGUUAUAGCCGCUCUGGCUACGGCGACGACUGCCGCAACCAUCUGCACAACGACAUAUAUGCCCGACUCGCAACUUGUCAAUCUCCCAGGCUUUGAACAACCGCUGCUGCUGGCCCAGCCCAUCGUCUUUGAGAUCCCGUGCCCCGAAGCACCGCCUGCGCCGCCGCUAGUUGUCCGCGCUUCCUCGCAGAAACAGCCCGACUCCCCAGCGCUCGAGCAAACCUCGCCCUCGCACCGAAAUAACCCGCUCCUCCUCACACAUACGACACCCUCUCCCCUGGUCUCGUCGCGGUCCCUCAGCAAUGGUAGUGCCGCCGCCGUGGGCCACCCGCCCGACCCCAGUCCCUACAGCUCCUUGCCCAGCGACCAAGUCAGCAACUUCCGAGACCCCUUCUUUGCCACUGUCUACCCCAUUGUAUAUACUCUUGCCGCCACGACCGUCAUAUCCUACAUGCUCGUCGUCAUGCUCUUCAUCACCCCGCGCUCCUUUAUCGACGGCGGCAUGGUCUAUCUCGGCAGCCGCAACAGCUUCAGCUCGGGAUCCGGCGGCGCCUCGAUCGGUGACCGCCCGCUGCUGCAAAAGAUUGCUGCCUUGACUGUGGCUAUAUCACUCACCAUUGCCACGGUAGACUCCAUGAAGGUUAUCCAGUUCCAGUACUCAAGGAGCUUCCAAAACGCCACAAGCCUCCAGAGCACCGUUAUGAGCACCACCGAAAUUAAGGUUUCUCGACUUAUAUCCAGCACGUUUCUCUGGCUUGCGCAAGCUCAAACGUUAAUUAGACUCUUUCCGCGACACCGCGAGCGCGUUAUUAUCAAAUGGGUCGCCUUCUUCCUUAUUACUCUCGACGUUAUUCUCUACGCCGUCAACCUCUUUGUAUUUUCCGAAUACGACAUUGUCAACGGCAAGCAACCAAAGACAUGGGUUCACCCAGUACCAGCGUUAACAUAUGUCUUUCAACUAUCCCUUGGGGUGCUUUAUGCCGUCUGGGUUGUGUACUAUGCGCUCAUGAAGCGCCGCUACGCCUUUUACCACCCCUUGAUGAAGAACAUGUGUCUCAUCUCGUCAUUAUCUAUCCUAUCCAUCUUUAUCCCUAUUAUUUUCUUUAUCCUAGACAUCACCGUAGAAAAGUUCUCCCGAUUGGGCGACUAUAUUCGAUGGGUUGGCGCAGCUGCUGCCAGUGUGGUUGUGUGGGAAUGGGUCGAGCGUAUAGAAGCCCUGGAGCGUGAAGAAAAGAAGGACGGCGUCUUGGGUCGCGAAGUUUUUGACGUCGAUGACAUGCUGCAGAUCAACGCAUCCGAGUUUCCCUGGCUGCGGCGCAGACGCUCCAAGAAGGAUGGCAAGGGCGACGGCGGCGACCUGGAACGACAGCCAACUGCAACAGCCAACGGCUGGGCCACGAUUCCGCAGCCUAACACAAGCAACAAUGACAAUAGAAACACGCGCGAGCCAGCUGCCGAGCACCGCUACCAUGUUCCUGACAUUUUGCGUCCACCGCCAUGGCGAGGUCACGGAGCGGCGACGCCCACCCGAACAGACACACCCAGUGUUGCCAGCACCGUUUACGCUGUCCGGUACCAGGGAGUGUCUGAGUCUACGCGCACGCCGGAUCCGAUUCCCAUGGCCCCCUCCGAGUGUCAGCGUACCCAGCGUGCUGUGCCUGCACCAGCACCUGCCGUUAUACCCGCGGAUGCGUCGUCCAACCAGCGACGGCCGCGACCAACACGCCAGCUCACGCGAGACACCAUUGAAGAAGCCAACGAAGAGCGCCGCUCCGAGGACCCGGAAAUGUCGGAGGUUCAGAACCCUCGCCCGCGCCGAGCCCGCGGGGCUUCGGUGGUGACCUCGACUGAAGUGAUUCGACACAUGGGUGACGACAUGCUGUGGCAUCCACAGAGCGAGCCGCGCGCCCAGUCUAACCGCUGGGAUGUCAAGUCUCGCUUUGAAGACUUUGCUGCCAAGCAGUCGGACCGCAUCCGAGAAAGGUUUCGCCCGUCGGUGGUGCCAGAUGACCUGCCUGUGACGGUGAUUCCCGCGCCGCCUCGACAGGGCGCGGCGCUACAGGAAGUUUUGGAAGAAGAGACGCUGCAUCAGAAGACGAUCGGCUCUUCGGCCACGGCCCAUGACCGGGACAGUGGACCUUCAUCGUCGGGCUCAGGCUCAGGUUCAGGGUCUGGAUCGGGUGCUCCUGGUCACCGUACCGGUCUUGCGCCUAUCCCACCCAACAAUCCACCUUUGUGGCCUGGUGUUAGACGGUUGGAAGGCAUCGAAUCAGAGGAAUGGAUCUCGGCUGAUGGCGAUGAUGCUACGCAGGAUGGUAGUAAUCAUAGCGGCCGUCAGUGAGGUUGGCAUGUUCUUGCGAUCUCAAGACCAAUGUAGAUAAUCUUUUUGUGUUUUUAUAUAUAGCGAGGCGUUUUCUAGGAUCAAGGACUUUGAUCUACAAUUUAUAUCCCCUGCAGCACACCUGCCGCAUUCUUUUAUCCUUUACACUGAUUUCCCAUUCAUAUGCAUAUGUAACGUUUGUGAAAAUGAAGAUGACUAUUUCCCUGUAAAAUUACAUGCUUCAUCCAAGGUGAGAGAUAAGGCAUAAAUAUAGAGCAGUGCUUUAUCUGAAGGC